GGGCGAGUGAGAGCUGAUGAGCGGGAGUAUGGAUGGCUAGCGAGACGCCGCGCGUUUAAGGCAGAGAAGAUAGUGAAAGUACAAGGAGCUCCUGUCAGGAGAAGAGCAUGCGAGUCACAGCUCUCCCGCAGCAACUCUGAAGACUCACACACAGAAAAAAGACAGAAGAAGAAGGAAGAGAAUCGGCGAAGGACUGAAGACACUCCAUUUCCUCUGGUUUUGCCCUUUCACACUCUCAGUCAUGAUUCCUCGAGUCGUUCUACUCAUGUGGUUCCUCGGACAUGGUGCAGAGUCCAUGUUUUCCCAGCAGCCACAGGACUUGGUUGUGGUGGCUGGCCAACCUGUGACAUUACCAUGUUCUAUCCCUGGUUACCAUGGGGUUGUCCUUUGGAUUAAAGAUGGUCUGGCACUUGGGGUUGGCAGGGACCUGUCAGGCUAUCCACGUUACACAGUAAUUGGCGACCAUGGUUCAGGAGAGCAUCAUUUGCGAAUCCAGCGUGUGGAGCUGAUGGAUGACGCAGUGUUUGAGUGUCAGGCCGUCCAAGCUGCCAUGAGAUCACGCCCAGCCCGCCUCACUGUGCUAGUUCCUCCCGAGGACCCCGUCAUCAGCGGAGGGCCAGUGGUGAGCCUGAGGGCUGGCGACCCACUCAAUUUAACUUGCCAUGCGGAUAACGCCAAGCCAGCAGCCUCCAUCAUCUGGAUCCGCAAUGGAGAGGUCCUCAAUGGGGCCAUGUACUCCAAGGUAAGCCUAGAGACCUUGCUUCGUGAUGGAAGGAGAGAAACCACCGUGAGCACGCUUUACCUGUCACCUAACAACAUUGAGACAGGCCAACAGAUCAUCUGUAAGGCCUCAAACAAGGCUGUCCCUAAUGGCAAGGAGACCAGUGUCACAAUCGACAUUCAGCACCUGCCUCUUGUCAAUCUCUCAGUGGAGCCUCAACCGGUUCUUGAAGGUAACCUAGUGAGAUUCCAUUGCUCUGCAAAGGCCAACCCUCCAGUCACACAGUACAGGUGGGCCAAAGGAGGAAGUAUAAUAAAGGAGGUCUCCGGUGACACUUAUGAGGUGAUUGUGGACCACUCGUUCUUCUCGGAGCCUGUUUCCUGUACGGUUACCAACCAACUCGGAAGCACAAACGUUAGCCAUAAUGUCGAUGUCUACUUUGGGCCUCGCAUGGCUGCAGAACCUCAGUCCUUGCAGGUAGACCUUGGUUCUGAUGCUGUGUUCAACUGUGCUUGGACUGGAAAUCCUUCUCUCACCAUAGUGUGGAUGAAGAGGGGCAGUGGAGUGGUUCUUAGCAAUGAGAAUCUUCUAACAUUGAAAUCCGUGCGGCAGGAAGAUGCUGGGAAAUAUGUAUGCCGAGCUGUAGUUCCAAGAGUUGGUGCAGGAGAAAAGGAAGUUUCACUCACUGUCAACGGGCCACCCACCAUUUCAAGCACUCAGACACAACAAGCCUUGCAUGGAGAGAAAGGACAAAUCAAAUGUUUUAUCCGGAGUACUCCUCCCCCAGACCGAAUUGCCUGGUCCUGGAAAGAGACUGUAUUGGAGUCUGGGACGUCCGGUCGCUACACAGUAGAGACAGUCACCACAGAGGAAGGAGUCAUCUCCACACUGACAAUGAGUAACAUCGUGCCAGCUGACUUCCAGACCAUUUACAACUGCACUGCGUGGAACAGCUUUGGCUCAGACACCGAGAUCAUACGCCUUAAGGAACAAGGUGGGAGCCAAGAAUCCCUUCCUGUGGCGGUGAUCAUCGGCAUUGCUGUAGGAGUAUUUGUGGCCCUCAUUGUCCUCAUGGGCACCAUCGGCGCAUUCUGUUGUACCCGCUCCCAAAGAAAGGAAGCGCACCUGGUUAUGCCCUCACUGCCCGUCUCCAUCUGUGCUCACCAGAGAGAACUUGCAAGCAAAAUUAAAACAGAAAAUCUGAAAGGAGUUGUGUCUGCAAAAAACGACAUCCGGGUAGAGAUUGUGCACAAAGACCAUAAUGCUGCUAGAGAAAAUGAAGAGCACGCGUCCAUGAAACAACUGAUGGUGAGUGUGGAACGUGGGGAUUUCCAGCAGGAGUCGGCUCUGAAGCAGCUGGAGGUUCUGCAAGAGGAGGAAAAAGAGUAUCAGCACAUUAAGGACCCCACAAAUGGCUACUACAGUGUCAAUACCUUCAAGGAGCACUCGACACCAACCAUGGCAGGGAACCAAUCUACUGAGGGGAGAAAUCCAACAAACACCAGCACCCUGGGCAAGCAGCGGGUACCAACAGGCAUGUCCUUCACCAACAUCUACUCCACACUGGGAGCAGGCCCCAAUCGUCUGUACGACUACAGCCAACGCUUUGUGUUGGGCAUGGGAAGCAGCUCCAUUGAGCUCUGCGAGCGGGAGUUCCAACGUGGUUCAUUAAGCGAUUCCAGUUCCUUUAUUGACACACAGUGUGACAGCAGCGUCAGCAGCUACAGUAAGCCAGAUGGCUAUGUGCAGUUUGACAAAGACAGUAAGGCAUCGGCUUCCUCAUCGUCCCACUACUCCCAGUCCUCAUCACAGAACUCUGACCUAACCCGGCCCCUGCAGAAGCGGAUGCAGACCCAUGUCUGACAGGCAAGGAUUUGAGGGAUAGUGUUAAAACAGGGUGUGAACCAGUCUUUGCCAUGAAACUGUAUAUUCUUUUGGGAGUGCAGAGGCUUAAUGACUUUAUGACAUUUUUCAGACUUGAAGGCAAAAUAUCUUCAAAUGUGGGUCAAGAAGCCUUAUUUUGCCCUGUUGCUUAAUCACACAUUCUUUUUUGAACCUGUAAUCUUCAAUAGUGCCACAGUAAUGAUAUUUGCCAACUCAGAGAGAACCCAUACAUGGAGUUUGAACUGCUUACCACGUCGGAUUGGCCUGCUGAUAUAUUACAAAGCUUUGUUUGGUAAUUUCCUCCCUUUGGAAAGACACUUUUUUUAAGACAGUCAUUCUAAAAAGAAAAACCGUUCCUAUUAGUGGUGGACUGAAAGAGUACAAGUGUGAGCUAUUUUUCCUGCUCUUUUAGUAUGUUUGUAGUUUCAAGCACAACAAAUGAAUGUGCAUGAGGUUUUGAGGUGUUGCAAAGGCCAUACAACACCAACACCGCCCCCUACCUCCUUUGGCAACUUCUGUAUCGCUAAGGUGCAGUAACGCUUGCGUCUCCAUGUUUAGAGCAAGAUCUGUAUUCGGGCCAAAGGCUGGAAGAUAAAGAAGGGCUGAGACAACAUUUCAAUCCCAAGUCAUGAGUUUUACUUGACACUUUGAUUAAAAAAAUAUCAGUGUACAUAUUGUAGAUGACUGUAAAUUAUUUUCUCAAUCUUCAAGAGACAACAUUGGUCUCAAAAAUGUAUAUCUACUUUGCCUUGAGGCCCGUUGAAACUGUUGUCAAGUGAAGUGUUAACUCAAAAACACUUAUUCUGUCUCAGUCCCUCUCUUGACGAGGAGGGGUAUCCUCUAUGGUCGAACCAAAUGCAGCCUGUAAACUAACUUGUCCACUUGUGCUGCACUAGAAGUCAUCAGCCAUAAACAUUGAAUGAAUCGUAAGCAUACUGUCAUGAUGACUCUUAUUUUUGGAGAUAUAUCGGUGUGCGUGGUGUGUUACGGAUGGAACAGGAACUUAACGCUAAGAGAUUGCCUAUCAUUGAAGUCAAAUUCACAAAACACUUCUCGUUUGAUUAAAAUUUUGGAUUCAGUGAAAUGUAUAUUAUAAUUUUUGAUGUACCAAUAUACUGUACUUAAUAUGAUGACUUCAAUUUUGACAUUGCAAUAUAAUUUUAUUUCACUUUAUUGUAAAAAGAGAAAAAUAUUUAGAAUUUUAAAUUUUUUUGAAAAGACGCCUAUCUUUUAAUUUAAAAUAGCGGCUAAUGUGUUUGUUAUCAUGUCCUCUGCCUUUUGCAAAUAACUGGAAAAUGUGAGUCAUAAAACUUCUAUAAUGUAGGUACUGUUGCUAUAAUGCAUAAUAUACAGUACAUCUAUAUUGCUUUUAAAAGAAUAAGACAAGAAUACAGUGAUUUAUCUGCUUUAAGUUCAUGUGGUUAAACCACAUUUCAUUGAAAUUUGGCAACUUAAAUAUUAAGAUGAUGAUUAGCAAAACAAUUUAUGAUUAAGUAGAAGAAAAAUUGUUCUAAUGAAAUAAAGAUUUAUAAAUGUAUACUUUUUUUUUUUAUCCUCAAUUCAUGGAAGCAAAAUUUCUUUAUUGUGGUUGUCGUACUUGAGCCAUUGAUUCUGUAAAUGACAAAUGCUUAAGCUUUGCUGAUGUCUAGUGAGUGCUUGAGUUUUGUCUUUAUUACUUUUUUUGCACUUUAUAUGCUAAAUUUUGAUUCAUUUGCUAGAGAGUAGAGAACAGAUACAGCAUAUAGUAAACUGCAUCUACUACAACAAUCACGAACCAAUGUUUUAAAGUGAACCUGUUUCAUUAUACUGAUGUGGGAGUUCUGCAGUGUAAAACAUUAGAAAACAAGAUAAAUUAUGAUAAAAGACAAAAAAUAUAUAUAUAUAAAAAAAAACUGCAUUAAUAAUGUUGCCACUAAUGACAAAUGUCAGUCAUUGCACAUGAUUUCCUGAUAUAAUAUUAAGCGGCUGGCACUUCUUUCAAAUUUAAAUUAAAAUUUAAAAAGUAAAACACAUAUUUGGCCUAUAUGGGUUAAACGGAUCUCAAGAUUGAGGUUUCUCACCCUUUAAACCACAAUAAGUAUUGUACAAUAAUCAAGAAUAAAAAUAAUUAGACUGUGAUUGACAGCAGUUUAUCUUUCAAGGUAUGGGAAUUGUCUUCAUGCUGUGCUUGUUAUGUGGACUGUACUAUACAUGUAUAAAUGGAUUGAUGUCCAUUGUACACUCCAAUGAAAACACCUCUAUUUCAACAUUAAUAAUCAGACUUGGCACUAAGCAAAUUGUAUAUACAUUUGCUAAAUGCUGUCUUUGUAUAUAAUGUUUUUUUUUUCUUUCCAUUCUGUUUUCAUUAGUUCUUAACUGUCAGAUUUAACUAUAUAAAAGCCCACCAAAACCAUGAUACACAACACACUGUACAGACAACAAUUUCCAUUUCUACAUGAAUUUAUGGAACUGAAGUCUACUUUUCCCAUCACAAAUUUACGUGAAUGAAUGACUAAAUGAGAACUUCCUCUUCACCUUCACUAGCAGUGUUUCCAUUAAAGUUUUUGGAAAAAUAAUAGCAACAUUUCAAAAAUGUACGCAAAGUAUAACUGCGACUUAUGCGUGUUUGCUUUGAGGGUUGUUUUCGGAAAGAUCCUCGCAAGUCUUGUGAAAUCUCUUCCUCUAAGAUUUUACUGAAGAAAGAUGGGCACCCAAAACUUGUGUUGUGCAUCACAUUCUGUGGCAUGUAAAUUUGGAAAAACUUUCCAUUGCACUCUAUAUAGCAACGCCUGAGACACGUCAAUAAUUUUUGUUUAUUAAAAUGGUUUUUGAGUAUUUCUUUUUCCAUGACCAGAUUUUCAUUGUAAAUUACAAGGGAUAAUGGAAACACAGCUACAGUACUGCCCGAACAGGAAAUACUUGUGCAGCAAAACACAAUGGAGGCUGUACUCAGAAAUGAGAUCCAAACUAGGAGUGCUUUGAUGUGAGACAAUGUACAAAUAUUAGUAUUAUCAUUACCUUGGCCACCUGAAGAGAUGCUGAGUGAUAUGUAUUUGGUCGCAGGUUGAUUGGAUUAUAGAAUCUAUACCUCGGUCAUUCAACAUCUCUUACUAGGACAUACAGUAGUGAAGCAAAAAUUGUCUUAAUGAAUAAAUCAAUGAUUCUAUGUUUUUAAUUGGUUCUAAAUGCUUGUUUUCCGGUGUUGUUCCUGCUACCUGUAACAAUUGCCUCUGAUUCCUUUUAAGUCAUUACCUGGCAUCAAAAUGGGAUGUACAUCCAACCAUCACAGUUCAAAUGGAUUGAAUGUCCAUCUGUGCCAAUGUUAGCCAAUAAGUUAAGGCUAUCAUUGCAUGUGCACCUGUAUUUUAUUUACCAGUUUAUGUUCAUAACCAGAGUCAUACUUAAUUAUUGUAAAAAUAAGUAAAUAGAAGUAGGUAAAACAAUGUUAUGACAUUAAAUUAAUUUGGUUUAAACAUUACAAGUCAAAGGUGUCUCAAAGACGUUUCUGGAAAAGUGCGUCAAAAUUUGAAUAAAUGUGUGGUUCAAACCAUAAUUGUGAGAGGAAAAGUUCUAACUGCACAACGAUCUGGGAAUUAACUUAUUUGUGGAUCUUUAUUAACCAUGAAUUAGAAGUGUUUUUAACAGGUAAACUAUCACCUGAUCUAACGCCCCCUUUUGUUAAAAUUCUUACCUCUAACAUGCUAUGAGGAGUGAAUAUUAGGUAAAAAAAUGUAAUUGAGUGCAACAUGAUUAUGGCAUAACAAAAUCAAAGAAUAAAACAGUUAACAUAAAAUACAUUCACUCUUUCUCAGAGUGUAUUAUUCAGUCUGAAUGAAGAUGCAUUGCUGCCUCUAGACAAUCUCAAUGUACACCCAGAUUACAAUAUGCCUUAAUAUUUUCAGUAAAGGAACUAAUAUAUUGAUCGGCAUAUUCCCAUAAAUUAAAAAACAGCACAGAUGUAGUGCAAAAGGUCCAGUUUUCUUUGUCAGUAGAGCUCCUGCAAUGACCCCCUAAACAAUGCAUUUUACGGGUUGAGAGAACAGGCAGUAGUGCACAGCAAAGUAAUAAAUAUUUGAUUGGGCAGCCGUCUGUCCCAAUUCCACCGCCCCAUGGCCACAGACACAUUGGCCUUGAAUGUACCACUGAAAGACUCAAAGCCCAUGAGCCCUGUUCACCUGUAUAUGCCUCGCUGGCUUGUGCUUCGUGUUUGUCUGACAACAAGCUGUGCGCACAAGCGAGGACAUAACAAAUGAAUAACACAAAGACCCAGAAUAAUUACACUGGUUUGCUGCCCUUCCCUGAUAGGAGAGACAAUGGCUAAGUGAUUUAUUUUCCAGAGAUGCCAAAGAUGAGCUUUUGCUAUACUAAACACAAGUGAAUGGGUCCUCUUUUCAAGAGAGACAAGGCCGCCGGUUACUUUUUUACUACUUACAAUAUUUUUCUUAGUCUUGAGGGAAGUGGACAAUGGAACAUCAGUCAAUAAAUCCACAUCGUUGUAUACAGCUCUGUCAAUACCUGAAGAAAUUAAGAAAAGUGCCAUUCGAAGGAUAGUCGUAUUUCAAUGUGAAAUUGUUUUUAGAAUUUUUGUUUUACUCUGUUCUAAUGAUUUUCUUUUGUAAAGUUUUAGUAUGUUCUACGCGUAUGUACAAUGAAGAGAAUGAGUGCAGCCAACAUAAUUUAAAAGGUUUUCCGACAAAAUACACUCCAGCCCCAGCAGGGAUGACCAAGGUUCAGUAUGCAGCGUACAAUGUACAGUGGGUCACAGAGCAACAGCAACAUAUUUGUAAUUCAAAUGCAAACAUGUCUUGUACUGAAGGCAUCUUCAUUUAGAAACACGGCGUGAGCUUGUUCUGGAAAAGUAACUAAGGAACAAAACUAAACGGUCAACAUGUAACUUCUUUCAGGGCUGUUUUUCUGUAGUAAGUUUACCUGUAUGUAUGGAAUAAAAGAGAAAAAAAAGUUGUAUUUUAAUGUACUGGUCUGUGACUAUGAUGCUUUUGCUCUGUAUAUUUGGAGA